UUGUGUGUUUCAUUCGGAGUGGCUUGGAGUGCGUGAGCGCCUGACAGCUAACAUAAGACAUGGCCGCGAAUGACACUCGCUUUUUCACGCCGCUUUUCGUAGUAUCGCAGCUCUUCGGGGUGGCAGUCAUCGUCCUGGUGAGGGUAUGGGGCGAAACCCUGGGCGGAUUCCCGAAGCAUUGGGAUGCUUCGCGUGUUUUCAAUUGGCAUCCUCUACUGAUGAUCUUGAGUCUGAUCAUCAUUCAAGGAGAUUCAAUCCUGAUAUAUAGGGCUUUGCGCUUCGACAUGAAACCUCGAUUGAAAAUCAUCCACGCGGUUCUACAUUGCAUAGCUCUCGUUGUCGCUAUAAUCGGAUUGAAAGCAGCAUUCGACUCACACAACUACAAGGAGCCGCCGAUCCCGAACAUGUACAGCCUACAUUCUUGGAUCGGUCUGACCGCCGCGGUUCUCUUCGGCAUCCAGUUCCUCGUCGGCUUCGCCAGCUUCUCUUUGCCGUACGCCAAACCUUCUCUUCGGAAAAUGCUCAUGCCGCUACAUGUUUUCGGGGGGACCGCGAUAUUCAUCCUGUCUAUCCUUGCGGUUCUGACGGGAAUCGUCGAAAAGAACGUAUUCAUGGGAAAAUACAGUGAGCUUCCCAAGCCCGCAGUCAUAGGGAACGUUCUCGGCUUAUUCGUCACUCUCUUCGGUGUUUCGGUGUUCUAUUUACUGUCGAACCCAAGCUAUAAGCGAGUGGCGCUGCAAGGAGACUGAUGAUGUCACUCUCCUGGAUGAUGUCCAAGGAACUCAACAGCCCUCGAGCCGAGCUGCCGCACGCCGGAACCGAGUGGAUCACGAGCUUCACUCUCAAAGAUCGAUUGGAGGCAAUAAAGUUCGUCGGAAGGUUCCCAUGAAGGG